AUGGAUUACGCCAGCGCAUUCUCUCAGGUGCCGGCACCCGAGAAGUCCAGUAAACUCUACAUUCGCGACUAUCCUCAUCGCGCCGUUGCGAUUGUCUCUUCUUCACAUGCCCUCAUCUUCCGUUACAACUUCUCCAGUACCGGCGCAGCCGCGAACGGCUCCCUUACGUCCCUCGCGUCCACCCGCUCACGACCCAAUGGAGGAGAUGGCGCUGCCGCCAAGUGCAUGGUGGAAUUCACCCAGAUUACGAAGAAGACGUUGGCCGAUUACCGACCCUUGACCCCUCGGCCGAUUUUCGGAACAUUGGGUCUGAUAUCUGUGGAUGGAGAUGUGUUCCUUUCUGUCGUUACACAUGCUACAAGAGUGGCCACUCUACGACCCGGAGAGACCGUAGAGCGGAUCGCGAGUGUUGCAUUCUUCUGUCUGAACAACAGCGAGUGGGACGAUGUUGUGUCUCUCGAUCCUCUGGAAUCCGAGUCGGAUGUCAACUCGGUCUACGGUCAAAAUCUCAGAGGAAGAGAAGUCACAAUAGAGCACCCAUGUACAGAUCUUCGAAAGCUUCUUGGGAACGGCACUUUCUACUACAGCACCGAUUUUGACCUGACCAACAGACUGCAAGAUAGAACGGUUAACACGUCCGUUUUCGACAUUGAUAAUUUUGACGAUUCAUUCUUGUGGAAUUCUUUCAUGAUCAGCCCGCUGGUUCAGUUCAGAUCUCGCUUACUGCCACAAGAACGCGACGCCCUUGAUCAUUCAAGAUUCUUGACUUCGGCAAUCCGCGGGUUUUGCCGUACGAUGGCAAUCCCGCAGACAAGCGCCCCUCUCAGGACGCGCUCAACAGGUCUGCCCUCUUACUUGACGGUAAUCUCACGUUUGUCGAGUAGAAGGGCCGGCACUCGAUUCAACUCGCGAGGCAUCGACGAUGAUGGCAAUGUAGCCAAUUUCGUCGAGACGGAGACCAUCUAUUGGAGUCCAGGGGGCACGUUGUUCUCGUAUGCCCAAGUCAGGGGCUCUGUUCCCCUAUUUUGGGAGCAGACUGCUGAACUUAUCCCGGGCAAACAAAACAUUACUGUCAUCAGAUCUCCUGAGGGUGCGCAGCCGGCUUUCAACAAACACUUUGAUGAUCUGGAGCGCGCUUACGGUGCUGUUCAUGUUGUCAAUCUCCUCAGCGAAGGCAAACCAGGCGAAGCACAACUUAGCCAGCUGUAUCAUCUUGCCGUGCAACACUGCCCUUUAAGCCAGGUCGGAGAGGACGAAUCUCAAGAUCAUGCGCUGCUGAGAGAAACCCAUUAUGAUUUCCACGCCGAGACGAAGGGACCAGGUGGAUACGAGGCUGCGCGCCAGAUCCGCAGAUAUAUCGAGACCUCGACGGAUGGGUUUGCGUACUACUUGGCUGAAGAGGCAGAUGACGCAGGACCUGAUACCGAUUCACAGGGCUCCCCUCGGAUGGUGGUGGUUUUGCAACAAGAAGGCGUCUUCCGAACAAAUUGUCUCGACUGUCUGGACAGAACGAAUCUUAUUCAAACCCUGAUAUCUCAGAUGGCAACGGAAGCAUUUCUCGGUCAUCGCGGAGAGUAUGCGACGCAGGACUUCUGGAUGAGACAUUCGACGUUGUGGGCAGACAAUGGAGAUGCGCUGUCUAAGAUAUACGCUGGAACUGGUGCCCUCAAAUCAUCCUUUACACGCACCGGGAAAAUGUCCUUGGCUGGCGCUGUGGCCGAUAUGCGCAAAUCGGUACAGCGACUUUACCACAACAAUUUCACGGACUCGGCCAGGCAGACCACAAUUGACCGCCUCCUGGGACGUCUCGUCAACCAAACCCCUGUUCUCCUGUUUGACCCGAUUAGCGACUACGUCUCUGGUGAACUUAUGAAGCGGACUGCCGAGUUCUCGUCUUCUCAGGACAUUACGAUGUUGGUUGGUACUUUCAACCUCAAUGGGCGCACCGAGGGUGUGGACAAUGAUCUUUCUUUGUGGCUCUGCCCAGAAGAGCUUGGUGAUGUUCAGCCCGAGAUUGUAGCUGUGGGAUUCCAAGAAAUCGUCGAAUUGAGCCCUCAGCAGAUCAUGAAUAGCGAUCCCUCGAGGAAACAGCUUUGGGAAAGCGCAGUUAGAAGAUGCCUCAACCAGCGUGCCCAAUCGCUUGGUGGGGAGAGAUAUGUCCUCCUCCGAAGUGGACAACUCGUUGGUGCCGCUUUGUGUAUCUUUGUCAAGGCGUCUUCCCUGGCCAAAAUCAAGAAUGUCGAGGGCAGUGUCAAGAAGACUGGCUUGUCGGGUAUGGCAGGCAACAAGGGAGCAGUUGCCAUACGGUUUGACUUUGCGAAUACCCACAUCUGUUUUGUGACGGCCCAUUUGGCCGCGGGCUUUUCGAAUUACGACGAGAGGAAUAGGGACUAUGCAACGAUUCACCACGGUCUGCGAUUUCAGAGAAACCGUGGUAUAGACGAUCAUGAUACUGUCGUUUGGUUGGGCGACUUCAACUACCGCAUCGGCCUUACUUCUGAAGCUGUCCGCGGGCUGGUUAAGAAAAGGGACCUGGAUACGCUUUACGAGAAUGAUCAAUUGAACCUGCAAAUGAUUGCGGGCCUGGCCUUUCCGUUCUACUCCGAAGCCCGAAUCAACUUCCUUCCGACCUACAAGUUUGAUCUUGGGACUGAUGAAUACGAUACAUCUGAAAAGGCGCGAAUCCCAGCCUGGACUGAUCGUAUCCUACGAAAGGGCUCCAACUUACGCCAGCUUGCUUACAAUUCGGCUCCAUUGAAGUUUUCGGAUCACCGGCCAGUCUAUGCUGUUUUCCAAUGCAACGUCAGCAUUGUUGAUGAGGGACUUCGGGACCGAAUCAGCCAAGAGCUUUAUCAACAACGCAAGGCGGAAGUUGGCGACUCCAUCGCAAACUUGGACUCGGAAGAAACCGACGACGAGGAUUUGAUAGGCUACGAAGCCAUCGAACCAGGCCUGCCUCCAGCCAGUUCCGAUCGCCAAAAAUGGUGGCUGGAAAACAAGCAAGCAGCCCGAGUUGACAUCAAGCAGCCCAAGGCUCCUGAGGGACACGCGACAGUUCUGAACCCCAACAGGCCACCGAAUCCGUUUACGCCCACAGCAGAACCGGACUGGGUGAAUGUUCCACGUUCAAGGCUAUCGUCGUUUUCUAGUGUCUCUACGUCUCCGUACGAGCACGUGUAUGCCUCGAGCGAUCUCUCCUCGUCUGCGACGAGCGCAACAGCCAGGAGAUUACCACCGCCGUAUGAUCCGUCGGCUAUGCCAGCUAAGAUAGGCAGGCUGAACAUCAAAGACGAAAAGUCAUCCCAACGAGGAGAAACGCCCCCGCCGCCGCCGCCGCCGCGAAGGCAGACAGGCGUCAAUGCUGUUGGCCAGCAGGCCCCUUUGACAAUGAACCAGGCUCCUCUGAUUCCUUCGAACAAGUCGCAGACAGCCCCCCCGUCGGUUCCUCGACCAUCCUCUGCGGUGUCUCAAUCAUCACAGCAAUCCAAGGGUAAACCUGCGCCACCCGUCGCGAAGAAGCCGGCUCAUUUAGCCAAAGCGCCCGCAGCGAGCAAUGGCAACGGCUACCAUGACGAUGACCCGUCAGACCGCCCGCCACUGCCAGUUCGAGCCGCCACGGGGCUAUCCACCACGAGUUCUACAGGCAGCGCCGGUGUCAGCAGAAAGCCAGUGGGCACACCAGCGAACCCGCCGCCUAAGAGAGCGGGCACAUUUAAUGUCGAUUCUGCAAGACAGUCGCCGAUGGCCGGGGCGGUCGCGCUUCCUGGGAUGAGACCCAGCGAGGCACGACCAAAGCCGCAAAUCCCAGCCAAGAUCCAGAGGAAGCCAGCACCAGUAGACUUACUAGACUCGUUGGGUGAAGAUAAUCACAGUGAUAUGGGAAGCUGGGAGACGCUGGUACCUAGCACGCAGAAAUAG